GGAUUUGUGCUUUCACAGUGUAUGUGAGAAAGACCUUUCACAAUGCCCCGGGCUCUGAUCCUCUCCAGUUUUCCUCUUCAGAGGAUACUCGUCCUUCCACUGUGUGUUAUGUUUGCAGUUAUGGCAGAGGAGAGAAGAGAUUGCAGGGAGCAGGAAUACCAGGAUAAGUCUGGAAACUGUAUUCCCUGCCGGCAGUGUGAUGCUGGACAAGAGCUUUCCAAGGAAUGUGGCUUUGGCUUUGGGGAGGAUGCCCAGUGUGUGCCCUGCAGAGCCAGUCGCUUCAAAGAGGACCGCAGCCUGCAGAAAUGCAAGCCCUGUCUGGACUGUUCCCUCCUCAACCGCUUCCAGAAGGGGAACUGCUCCACCACCAGCAACGCCGUGUGCGGAGACUGUCUGCCCGGAUUUUACAGAAAGGCGAAGUUGAGAGGAUUCCAGGACAUGGAGUGUAUCCCGUGCGGAGAUCCGCCGCCAGCAUAUGAACCAAACUGUAUGGGGCGAGUAGAUUUUGUACCUGUCCAGCCUGCGGUGACCAGCCCCAGAGACAUGGCUCUAGCUGCGGUCAUCUGCAGCGCGCUGGCCACCGUCCUGCUCGCCCUCUUCAUCCUGUGCGUCAUCUACUGUAAGAGACAACUGCUGGAGAAGAAACCAGUUUCACCGAGGUCCCACGAGGCUCCUUAUGUGGGGUCCGAGUUGUCUUGUCUGGAGUUUUCCCAGCGGCCUUGUUGUCAGUGUCGUCCCGGAUCAGGACAGGCCUGCGGUCCUGUGCACCUGAUCCAGAGCCGUCCCUUUCACUCUCACAGCAGUCUCAAUGAAGGUUUGGUGAAUCUGUCACUGGGAAGCAGCCAGGCAGAUGUGGGAUGUGCACCUGAUGAGGCCUGGCCUCUCGUUCAGAGCGGCGCGAUCUUAGACGCCCCCCAGAGCGGCUCCUCGUGUGAUGAGGAUGAGGAAGGAGCCCCGCAGAGCUCAGGUCUGAGCCCAGUCAAACACUCGGCUCCUACAGCCACAGCUGUCUGCGACUGAAGGAUGACUUGCUCUUAUCUCACCUGUUGCAGAUCUCCGGGAGCCACUCUGGAUGUAGAAAGAGCAAAGGAAGAUCCCACCUCAGAUUACAUCAGGCCACACACACUGAAAACGUGUGUUUUGCUCCUCAUUCUCCAGUCGUGUGUGACACUCGCCAACAGUGGCC